GUUUAAGAUGUCAACUAAUACACAAAUUUUAGGUGGAACAGAUUAUGGUUUUAGAAGAAGAAUAUGGGGACUUCCUGCGACCGAGGAAGGACCCAAUGUCAAAAUAUUAAAGGUCAAAAUAAUUGCAGGUGUAAACUUAGCAAAGAAAGAUAUUUUUGGAUUGAGUGAUCCAUACUGUGUGAUCAAAUUAUUUGAUCGUGAAAGAAGUAAAGUUCUUGCAACCCUUCAAACACCUGUGCAAAAAAAGACUUUGAAUCCCCAUUGGAAUUCAAGUUUCUUUCUCAGAGUUGAUAAAGAAAACCAUAAAUUAUUAUUUGAAAUUUUUGACGAAAAUCGAUUGACAAGAGAUGAUUUUCUUGGAGAAGCAGAGGUGCCACUAAACAAUAUACCUGAAGAUGCUGAUUUUGAUGACGAAAGAACUGGUGCAAAAUCCUACCUUCUCCAAGGUCGCAGCACAAAAUCACGUGUUCGAGGAGAGAUAAAAGUAUCACUACUCUAUACGGCUAGUCGUACCAGUCAGCAGGAAGAUCUUAGAGGAAGCAGUCAGGUUGAAAGUGUUGAGAGAGAUGGUUUUCAUGCAGCGGCAAUUGCACGCGAUCUUGACAGAAUAAUGACCCUGCCUCGUCCAGAAGAGCCUGGCUGGGAAGCUGUAAACAUUGAAGAUGCAGAUGAAAAUGCGUCUGGAAUCACACAUCAACAUUCCUUAGAAAGCACAAGCCUGGAACCUCUACCAAGUGGCUGGGAGGAAAGACAGGAUGCAAAUGGACGAACGUUUUAUGUCAAUCAUUCAAACCGAACAACAACAUGGAUUCGACCAACACGAAUUGCACAAACAACGCGUACUCCAAGUGAAUCACAAGUGGAUUUCAAUCAAGAAUUGCUUCGAAAUGUGCGCCGUCAUAUUAGUGUUGAGGAAUCUGCUGAGCUGGUGGACCCUGAAUCACAGUUACCCCCUGGAUGGGAGGAGCGUAGGAAUGUCAAUGGUCAAACUCUCUUUAUUGACCACAACACCAGAACAACUAGUUGGGUGCGACCACGAUCUAGUACGUCAUCAGCUGUUGAAAAUCAAAGUCCACCGGAAGCUGAUGCCAAUCCUAGACCAGAGCGUUCCACAGAACGCCUGCACCCGGAUGUACCUAGUCAGAGUGAGAUGCCCUUACCACCCGGUUGGGCCAUGCAGCUAGCACAAAAUGGACGCGUGUUCUUUAUCGAUCACAAUAGCAGAAGUACAGUGUGGGUCGAUCCUCGAAUAAACAACAAGAAUGACGCCAAAGACCUUGGACCGCUUCCUGCUGGUUGGGAGGAAAGAGUGCAUUCAGAUGGAAGAGUCUUUUUCAUAGAUCACGAAACACAAUCGACACAAUGGGAAGAUCCACGACUGCAAGUGCAAGCUAAAAAGAAAUCACAAGCGAUUCCUUAUUCACGUGAUUACAAGAGAAAGUAUGAUUUCUUCAGAUCGAGACUAAAGAGACCUGAGAAUGUCCCAAACAAAUACGAGAUUCACAUACGUCGUAGCACCAUUAUGGAGGACUCAUAUCGCUUUGUUUUGUCGAAUUGCGACAAAGUGGAAUUGUUGAAGACGAAGUUAUGGAUUGUGUUCGAUGGCGAAGUAGGUCUUGAUUAUGGAGGAGUGUCCAGGGAAUGGUUUUACUUGUUGUCGAAGGAGAUAUUUAAUCCGUACUAUGGAUUGUUCGAAUACUCGGCUACCGACAAUUACACGUUGCAAAUCAAUCCCAACUCCGGUAUGUGCAACGACCAACAUUUGUCUUACUUUAAAUUCAUUGGUCGCGUCGCCGGAAUGGCAGUGUAUCAUGGGAAAUUAUUAGACGCGUUCUUUAUUCGACCAUUUUAUAAAAUGAUGCUGGGGAAGAAAAUCAACUUGCGAGACAUGGAGAGUGUCGAUUCUGAAUAUUACAACAGUUUAGUGUGGUUGCUAGAGAACGACCCUGAAGAUUUGGAACUGCGAUUUCAACUUGAAGAAGAAGCCUUCGGACAAGUUGUGAGUAGGGAGUUGAAACCGGAUGGCGAAAGCAUUCCUGUUACUAAUAGCAACAAGACGGAAUAUAUCGAUUUGGUUAUCAAAUGGCGUUUUGUUGAUCGAGUUAAAGGCCAAAUGGGAGCCUUCAUGAAGGGUUUCCAAGACAUCAUUCCUGCAUCGUUAAUUCAAGUCUUCGACGAACGCGAACUCGAGUAUUUGCUGUGCGGUCUCGGCGAAAUUGAUUGUGACGAUUGGAGAAAGCAUACGCAGUACCGGAGUGGUUACCAUGACAAACAUGCGGUUAUUCAGUGGUUUUGGAAGGCUGUAUUGACGUUCGAUAACGAAAUGAAAGCGAGGCUGUUACAAUUCGUUACUGGGACAUCCAGAGUUCCCAUGAACGGGUUUGCUGAAUUAUAUGGAAGCAAUGGGCCGCAACGAUUUGCUAUUGAACGGUGGGGAAAUGCGCACCAACUUCCAAGAUCUCAUACGUGUUUUAAUAGACUCGACCUGCCGCCCUAUGGAAGCUACCACGAAUUACGCGAAAAAUUAAGACUUGCUAUAGAAAAUACAGAAGGUUUUGAAGGGGUGGAUUAAACAUCGACUCGUAACAUUUUCUUCAAGAUAUAUCCUAAGAAAGUCGAGUACGUGAAGACGAAGCUCGCAAAGCAUGAAUGGAAUUGAGAGUAGAACACGUGUAAUCAUCUGAUUUUGAUCGCCUGGGGUUAGUAAACAACAAAAAAUAUGCAUCUAUCGAUGGGAUGGAUUUUUAAAUAAUUAAAAUCGACAUGUAGCUUUUUUGUAUCUUAUUUUAGUCACACUGUUUUAUUGUUGUGGACGGACGCCCUUUGCACUGGCAUUUUUAUUUUAAUUGUUUGCGAACUACAGUUAAUGCCUAGAAGGGGCCAAUGAGAUUUUUACAAUAGUGAAUUAUCUGACAAAAAACUGCUUCUAUGAAUAUAGUAUAAUUAAAGCUCUAUUUACACCAGGUUGGAAAGGUAUAUCGUUUUUAAAAUUCGAUUAAGUAAAAUUAAGGCGAAAAAUUAUAAAAAACGUCUAUUUAAAUGAAGCACUUUGUCAAAUUUGAAAGGUAACAUCAAUUUUUUAAUACGAGAUGCAGAAGAAAAAGAAAGAAUUAAGAAAUAGCAAAAUUAAUAUUAUUAAAAUUAAUAUUUACGGUUUUUAUUAACGCAAAUCUUAGUCUCGCUCACCUAAUAAACAGGGAUAACAGAGGCACUGUGCCAUUUAUGCAUAUGUCAUAUCUAUACUGGAUAAUAAUUCUGUUAUAAAAUAAUUAUAUAAUAACUUCUUUUUUUACGCUUUGAAAUUGGCGAUGUAACUGACUUUUGCAACGUAUUUUACCAGUGAUCGUGCGAUAGAUUUUGUUAUAUGUCGUGGCAAUAACCACUGAUCCUCAA